CAUGUCUCCAAAAAUGGUUUCAAAGCUACUCAGCCCCUUCUACCCAGGAUUUUCAGGAAGGUGUGUGCAAGGACCUCACCUCUUUUUUUUAUGGUAUUACAGUUGUCCCAGUUUUUCUCCCACCCCAAGCCUGCCCCCAAUUCCUAUAGUCAAUCUCCACAGCACUGUUUGUGUCCAUGGGUAUUACAUAUAUGUUCUUUGUCUAAUCCCUUCACUCUCUUUCAACCUGUCUUCACCUCCCCCUUGCCUCUUAGGGACCUCACUUCUUGUUCACAGAGUAGCCAUUGAUGGUUGGUUGCUCUCAGCCUCUUGUGAUUCUCACCUCUCCUGACUUUCUUACCUCUUUCUGAUCUCCCUCAUCUCCUGCCUUGGUGAUAUAUUGACACAUGUUGCUCUGUAUCCAUGACUUCUGCCCAGAGUGACUGAUGGGAGAUCAGCAGUUUCUGUUGUGAGGCCUUUGUUUCUGACCUGGACUUACAGAAGCCAUUGCUGGGCUCAGCGUCUGAGGGAGUCUCUACCGUAUGAGGACUACCACCAGCUGCAUAUGUUCUGAAUUUCAAAAUCCAAGGUUCAGAAAGUGCAGUCAGUGAUUUGAGAAAUGACCUGGAUGAGGAAAACUAAGUGCAGAUUCCUCAGCCACAUAUAGGCCACACAGACUGGUUGACAUGGGUACAUUACUUUGUCUCUUUUGACGUCCAUAAAAGGAGUUGAAGAAAUCCUCAACUAUGGGCUAGGGCUGGUUACAUCAUAAUCACCUGAGGCCACUGUCAAAGAUUCAUGUUCCCACAAUUUACCACAGUUCUGUGUCAGUCUCCCAGAUGUGACUGUGUGUGUGUUUUCUCACCAGCAACCCAGGUGACUCUGAAGGGCACCUGAGUUUGGGAACCAUUGCAGUAGAUGCUCUCUUCUGAUGCUAACAGGUCACUAAGCCUGCUGUUGUAUUAACCAGGUUUGGGUGGGGGAGGGAGACUGCAUGACCCCUCCCAGGGACCCCAGGGAAUCUGAGGAGGGAAAGAAGGUUACUGCCUCUAAUGCCUUUAACGUGUUCUCUGCUGUCUCUUCAGUUCCUACCACAGGAAGGCAGCAGGUGCCGCUGCUCUACUGGUCUAAACCAUAGUUCUCUGUUGUCCCAGAGGCUCUAAAACUUGGAAGGAGGUCCCAAUCCUGCUUCCAGGUUUUCAUGGGGGUGGAUAAAGGCAGAGUGCUGGGGGAGGGGCAGGGGCAGUGUGUUAACAAAGUGGCCAUUUCAUCCCCCUCCAGGAGGAAGGUUUUUCCCUGUCACUGCCUCACAUUUGCAGUGGUGCAGUCUGUUGCCUUGGAGACCAGCUAACACUUCCCAGCGGGGUCUGCUUCACUGCUUAGUUGCUUAGAACUGGAAGUGGGAACCGGGAAAAGCAGAGUCCUGGGAUGACCAGGAGCCCUUCUCCCAAAGAUGGGGAAAUGAGAAAUGCAGGUGAGGGAGAACAAGGACUGAGUGCCUUUAUAAUGGCAACACAAACUAGUCAUGUCUCCCACGAUCAAGAUAAUAAGUAUCUAGAAAAUCGCUGCACAAAGAGAAACAGAGAUGCAAAGAAGCAAUUGAUCCAGAAGGAUGUCAGUGAACUUGGCCAAAAUCCAGAUGAUGGACUGCUAGUUACACAUAUUAAUCAGACACAAGACUUACUGAGGCUACAAGAAUGGGAGAUCCAGCCCUCAGCAUGGGAUGAUGCACAUGACUGGCUUUCAACUCACAGUUUAAAGUUUGAGAAGCUCACCUUGGCUGACCUGAUCUGUCAGGGCACAGCUGUGCUGCGUUGCUUCUUCAGGGAGGACAGCAGUGCUGUGAAGAAAAUGCAGUUCUCACCCCAGAUCAUCCACCAGUUCGAAGCAAAGCUUUCUGAAGCUAUAGGACUUUAUCAACAGAGAAUUCAGUGGCUUACAGAAAACAGCAAAAAGGCAUUUGGCCUCAUCAAGGGGGCCAGAGUCGGCGUUCUCAUUGAUGUGUCAGCCAUCAGCAGUAGCCCUAGGAAUGAAGAAUUUCAAAAUGACCUCAUGAGCCUCAUUGAUGAGCAGCUGAGUCGCAAGGAGAAGCUGUACGUCCUGUCCUUUGGCAUCACCACCAGAGCCCUCUGGCCAGACCCCAUGGACGUCAGCACCUCCAUCCUACAGGAAUUCAAGCUCUGGGUAAAGCACCUGCAGCCUGAUGGAGGCAGCAAUCUGCUGCAAGCCCUGAAGAAAACCUUUGCUCUAAAGGGGCUGGAUUCCCUAGUGACCAUAUUAGGAAGCUGCCCAGAUCAGCCUGCUGAAAUCCUGUCUGACUAUAUCCAACAGUCCACCAUGGGAAGGGACCUCCACACCCACAUCAUCACCUACAAAUGCGAUGAUCAGGUGCCCCUUGCUGUCCUGAAGAACUUUGCGGAAGCUGUUGGGGGCCACUAUCACUGCUACACCCUAGGGACGGAGAUCUGCACCAGCCCAGACAUUGACCAGCUACUGGUGGAAAUCCAGAAGGCCCAGAACCUCCUGGGCCACAUCCAAGCUCUGUGCUACGGUGCCCCCAGUGAGGAGCUGACAGGCAUCAUGAAGGAGAUUUCUACAGAAAUUGCACAAGGACCCCUCAGAAGUCUCUUGCCUAAACCCCCAAAGCAUGAAGCCCCCCUCACAAUUGAGUUCCCAAACUUGGACAAGACUUCUGCAGAAUGGCUAAAGGACAAUGGCCUAAAAGCGAAGAAGCUAAGCCUUUAUCAGGUUCUGGCACCCAACGCAUUCUCUCCCAUUGAGGAAUUUGUGCCUGUUCUCCAGAAAAUGGUAUCAUCAACUGUCCAUGAGAAGGCAAUGGUACAAUUUCAAUGGCAUGAUGGGACAGUGAAGAAUGUUCAUGUGGACCUGCCCUUCCUCUAUGAGUACCAGAAACAGCUCAGCAGAGUUAUGCGGAUGUACAAGAGGCGUAUUGAAUGGCUCUCAUUGGCCAGCAGAAGAAUCUGGGGCACCGUCUGUGAAAAAAGGGUGGUUAUACUGCUCGAUAUCUCUGCGACCAAUUCCAUGUACAUUAUUCAUAUCCAGCAUUCCCUGCGACUUCUGCUAGAGGAGCAACUGUCCAACAAGGACGCUUUCAAUGUCAUUGCGUUUGGAAGCUCAAUCGAAAGCUGGAGGCCCGAGAUGGUUUCCAUGAGCCACGACAAUUUACAAAGCGCUUGGCAGUGGGCCCUGACCCUGAAGUGUCAGGGCAGCAGGAACAUCCUCAGCGCCUUGCGGAAGGCUGUGGAAGUGGAUUUCAAGGACAGAGACAAACAGCAAUCUCAGGGCAUCUACCUUUUCACAGGGGGCAUUCCGGAUCAGGAUAUGCCCAUGCUCAGCGCCUACAUGACCGAGGCCUGUGGGGGCUGUGACGUCCAGCUGAAUGUGUGUCUCUUCUAUGUGGGUGAGCCACAGAUGGACACCACUCCCCCUGCCUGCUAUGCCAGCCGCACCGACACAGCCACUGCCUACCGAGAGCUCACCCAGGCUGCUGGUGGCCGCUUCCAUUGGUUUGGAGACACAGGCAUUUACGAAAGUGAUGACAUCAACACCAUCAUGUCUGAGCUGGAAAAAGCCCUCAACUAUUCUCAAAAGUGUGCCUUACUAGUGUCCUCCCUGAAGAACCAGUCCAGGAAAGACCUCGAAAGUGCAUCCCUCCCAAAAGAAAAGCCAAAGAUGUUCAAGCAAAGAAGUCAGCCCAAGAAACUCUGCAAGACCACAGCCCCCUCGGCGGUCAGAAUGAGCACUAGAGAUGACCCUGAUGGAGAGAGAAGUCCCAUAUUGAAAGCUCUGGUAUGGCGGCCACUCAGUGGCAAAGUGAGCACCCCACCAGCUGCAGCUCAGUCGGCCAGAGAGGACACUGCAGAGUGGAAGAGGAAGACCCAGGCGAGGGAAGCAGAAAUGUCUCUCUCACUGUUUUAUACAGAGACUGGGAAUAACGUGGGCUCAGUGUACAGGAAGUACCCUCGAGGAAGAAGCCUAAGAAGGGUUAGCUCUUCGAUUGAGCUGCCCAGAAAGGAUACAGUCUGCUCAAGUGAAGAGUGGGUAGCAAAUUACGGACUAAAAAAACUGAAGAUGGGGAUCUCCAGCCUCAUCGGUCCUAAAUGCGCUCAUCAAAAGUCAGUACAGAGGCUGGCAGCAGUCAAAUACUGCAGCAUCUUCCCCAGCAUAGAGGUCAAUGGGCUGGUGAGACACAUUCAGUGGACACCUAGGGAAAUUGAAGUGUACAUCACAUGCCUAAAGAAGGUGAUGAGAUGCUAUGUCCAGAGGCUGCAGUGGCUGCUGUCUGGGAGCCGCCGACUGUUUGGCACCAUUUUGGAGAAAAGAGUGUGCAUCCUGCUGGACACCUCAGGGUCCAUGGGCCCCUACCUGCAAAAGGUGAAGACAGAGCUGAUUCUACUGAUUUGGGAGCAGCUGAGGAAGCACUGUGACAGUUUUAACCUGAUCAGCUUUUCUGAGGACCCACAACUGUGGCAGGACACUCUGGUGGAGACCUCAGACACAGCAUGUCACCAGGCCAUGCAGUGGGUGACCCACCUCCGUGCUCAGGGAAGCACCUCAGUCUUACAAGCAUUACUGAAAGCUUUCAGUUUCCGUGAUGUGGAAGGAUUAUACCUCCUGACUGAUGGGAAGCCAGACACAAGCUGCAGCUUUAUUCUAAGUGAAGUGCAAAGACUCAAGGAGGAGCGCAAUGUGAAAAUACAUACUAUUUCCCUGAGCUGCACGGGCAGGGUGGAAGCUAAUUUCCUGAGAAAUCUGGCCUCCCUCACUGGGGGGCGCUAUCACUGCCUUGUUGAUGAUGACCUGCUCUUCCAAAUUCUCCGCCUGCUGACCAAGGGCUUCAUGGAUGAAAGGGACUCCAUGUUGCCAUCAUUUGAAGGAGAUGAUUUAAAGAGAUUGGCCCAGGAGAUCACUAAAGCCAGAACCUUCCUCUGGCAGGCCCAGUCAUUCAGGUCCCAGUUCCAGAAGAAAAACAAUACAUAACAAAGGUCAUGUGAUUAUUUUGUAGAGAAGUCAUCUCAGAAAGACCAUCCUACAAAGAACCACCUACUAAGCACAUUUUGACCUUGAGGGCAAAGUGACCUGGCAAGCUGUGGCCCACAUGCCAGGAGAUACUGUUCCUGCACCAGGGCUCCCUGGAAGCUGAGGGAGGAAAGGCUCUGCCAUCCCAGGAUCUACCCUAACAUUCACGCCCUACAUUCUAGUCACAAGAUUGUCUCUUGCUGGGAAGCCCUGCACCAAGCUCUUUCCCUGGAAUAUCCUUCUUGCCAUCCUCUGCCUGGUGACUCCUGCUCAUUCAUCAAGGCACAAAUCAAAUGACAUCAGCUCCACUCUGAAGAUGUCUCUGGGACCCAUCAAGAGCUGGGAGCCUCUAGCCUUCCUCCCAUAGCAUCCUGAACAAACAUCUGUCUUUACAGAUGUGACACCACUUACUACACUUAGCACUCCAUGUCAUGCUUCCUUGCUCCCUUCAUCAAUUCUUCUGCUUAACCAUGCAUUCUCUUAGCAAGAGGCUGGUGUCUUAAUCAUCUCUGGGUCCCCAUAACCUGCUAUGGGUAGAUAUGUAGUAAACAUGGAGCAUGCAGCUUAGUUGUAAGAGCCCAGCUCUGGAAACCAGAGGCCAGAUCCUGGUCCCCUCACUCUGUGCAUCCCACCAUCCUGGUCCAAGGGGCUGUGCAUAUCCACCAUCAGCCCAUCCUGGAGGAAGAAGAAACAUGUGAGCCUCAUCACCAACCUCCCUCACUCCUGGCUCAACCAAACUGAAUUGAGUCAGCUCUGGAAUCCAGUCCAGAGAGAGUGCUCUACUCAAGCAUGUGGGAAUUGGAUGGGGUCUGCUGGCCCAGUUCCACCAUGUACAUAUGAAAUGAAUGUGUCAUGUAGUAUGUGAUCUGGGGUCAUUUUUUAAGACAGAAAAAUUCCUUCUAUUUAAUAGGAUCAAAAUUACUUUUAAACUGAAGUGAUUAUUUACACGUGUGUGAAUAAAUUUUUGGUGAGAUAAAAUUUUA